AUGAAAGAAGCAAAGGAGACCAAAGAGGAACUCGAGAUCACUCGUGUCAACUACGACCAACAAAUGAAGAUGCUUACCGAACAAUAUAUCUCGCUCAACGAAUCGCUGUCGCAACUCGACACAGAACUCAUCAAAAUCAAACAACACAAGAUCCUCUGUGCCAAAUGCAGAGCAUGGAAUCCAUUGGAGAACGUAUUCGCACCUGACAAUCACCAAUUACUUUUUAAUUCUUUCUUCUACUUCUACUACAGUACUUCUGCAAUUGAACAAGGUGUUAAUGACUAUUCGUGUAAUCUUUUCAUUCUUCACUCCACCUAUAAACUUAUUGUUGAUGAAUUAAAGUUGGAUACAUCGAUAUUAUUAAGUAAUCUUGCAUUAUUAUCUGAAUGA